AUGGCGUCGUUGUCUUAUCGUGACGAUAGCCGUCAAGGUGCUGGCGGUCUAAGUGACGACGAUGAUAAGCCACUGCCUCUCGAUUUCACCCACCACUACUCUGACACCACUAAAAGCCGGAAUGCCAGUAAGAUCAAGGCAAUCUACAAGUUCUUCCAGAUACCUGGCAUUCUGAACAUUGCUGGUGGUCUCCCCAAUGCCCAGUUCUUCCCCUACGACACCUUGGAGGCACAGGCAGCCAAACCUGAGAGAUGGUCUCCUUCCUCCGGGUCAUCAAACCCUUCAGCACCAAACCACAUCACCAUCCCGCAUGAUGAUUCCACUCAGAAGGACCUCCUCCAAAAGAUCGACCUAGCCACCGCCCUGCAGUACGGCAUGGCCCAAGGCUACCCCCCCCUCCUCGGCUGGAUCAGACAGUUCACCCGCGACCACCUCCACCCCGGCGUCCCCUACAAAGGUGGCCCCGAAGUAGUCCUCACCUGCGGCUCAACUGACGGGUUUGCCAAAGCCCUCAACCUCUUCGUCACCCCCUGGAGAACCACCGACCCCAUCUCAUCCCGUCCCGGCCUUCUCUGCGAAACCUACGUCUACACCAACAUCACCAACCAAGCCACCCCCCUCGGUGUCCAAAUGGUGCCCGUCAAAACCGACGAAUCCGGGAUGGCAGUCUCUGGCCCGGGGGGGUUAGAAGACGUCCUCGCGAACUGGGACAGCAGCAAGGGGAAACGCCCUCACUUGAUGUAUACCGUCACCCUAGGCCACAACCCAACCGGUAUCCUCCUCUCGGUCGAGCGCAAGAAGGAAAUCUACGCCAUCUGCAGCAAAUAUGACGUGAUAAUCAUCGAAGAUGAGCCCUACUGGUACCUCCAAUUCCCCGAAGCGAGCUCUCUCGAGGCCGAAUCCCGUGGCCUGCCUCCCCCUCCUCGCUCCUCCCCUUCCACAGUCACCACUCCAUCCUCCGGCUUCCCCUUCCUCGACUCCCUAACGCCAUCUUUCACCCCCCUCGACACCGACGGCCGUGUCGUCCGCCUAGACACCUUCUCAAAAACAGUAGCCCCAGGCUGCCGUCUGGGCUGGAUAACCGCCCAACCCGCCCUCAUCGAGCGAUUCGAACGAAUAACCGAAGCGACAACCCAACAACCCUCCGGCUUCGUCCAAGCUCUAAUCUCCAAACUGUUGAUCUCCCCCCCCCACCCCUCCCCCACCCCAUCCUUCUCCCUCUUCUCCCACCGCCCCCCUCCCAACCAUCAGGCUGGCAACCGUCCGGCUUCGUAA